UAGAUCUACAGUUUGCAGAUGGGUGUAACCAACAUGGUGGUGAAGUGCCGGAGCUGACAGCCACAAACACAUGCUGUUUUUAGAUCAGAGCUCAAACUGGUUUCACUUCUCAGAAAGUCAGAGUCAGACAGUCGUUGUCACAGAGGUAAAAUGGCGCAGAAAGGACUUGAGCUGGACCGGGAAACUUUCUCUUGUUCCAUCUGUCUGGAUCUACUGAAGGAUCCGGUGACUACUCCCUGUGGACACAGCUACUGCAUGACCUGUAUUAAAAGUUUCUGGGAUGAGAAGGAAACCCACAGCUGUCCUCAGUGCAGACAGCGCUUCACACCGAGGCCUGUCCUGCUGAAAAACACCAUGUUAGCAGUUUUAGUGGAGGAGCUGAAGAAGACUGGACUCCAAGCUGCUCCUGCUGAUCACUGCUAUGCUGGAGCUGAAGAUGUGGCCUGUGAUUUCUGCUCUGGGAGAAAACUGAAAGCACACAAGUCCUGUCUGAUCUGUCUGGUCUCUUACUGUGAGAAACACCUUCAGCCUCAUUACGAUGUAGCUCAGUUAAAGAAACACAAGCUGGUGGAGCCGUCCAAGAAUCUCCAGGAGAACAUCUGCUCUCGUCAUGAUGAGGUGAUGAAGAUGUUCUGCCGUACUGAUCAGCAGCUUAUCUGUUAUCUCUGCUCUUUGGAUGAACAUAAAGGCCACGACACAGUCUCAGCUGCUGCAGAGAGCGCCGAGAGGCAGAGAGAGCUCGAGGGGAGUCGACAAAACAUCCAGCAGAGAAUCCAGGACAGAGAGAAAGAUGUGAAGCUGCUUCAACAGCAGGCGGAGGCCAUCAAUCUCUCUGCUGAUAAAGCAGCGGAGGACAGCGAGAAGAUCUUCACUGAGCUGAUCCGUCUCCUGGAGAAAAGAAGCUCUGAUGUGGAGCAGCAGGUCAGAUCCAGGCAGAAAAGUGAAGUGAGUCGAGUCAAAGAGCUUCAGGAGAAGCUGGAGCAGGAGAUCACUGAGCUGAAGAGGAAAGACGCUGAGCUGAAGAAGCUCUCACACACAGAG